AAAAUUGUGUCACCUGUAUUGGCAAUGUCAUUAUAUUUCACAAACUUUAUUGGAUUUUAAUUAUUAUUAGUUUACAAUUGUACUUGUAAUUAGUUUGUAGCCAUAAUGGGCUGUUUAUCUUCAAAGAAUGAGAAUGAGGAUGAAGGCGUAUACGACAUGACGCCAAUCAGAAACCUGCCAGUCAUCUUCGUGAACGGCGUCCCCGGCGCCGGGAACCAGACGGUGGCCCAAACCAUCUCCAACAUCACCGGCUACACCAUGAUAAGGCCUGGCGAGCUGGUGCGCGCCGAGGCCGAGAAGGACACGGCCCGGGGCCGGCUCAUAGCCGACCGCCUGAAUGCGCAGGAGGAGGUUCCCGAGCAACUAACGGUGGACCUGAUCAAGGAAGAAAUGCUGCAACAGCAGGACUGCAAGGGCUUCAUCCUGGUGGGCUUCCCCAAGAGCUCCCGCAUGUCCAGCAUGUUCCACCGCCAGGUCAAGUGGCCGGAGAAGAUCGUCGCGCUGGAAGUUGAUAAUGAGGUGGCUGCGACACGACUUCAAGCCAAACUGUCGGAACUGGGCAGACCGGAGUCGGACAUAAAUUCAGCGAGGCAGAUCGUCAGAGAAGCAGCGCAGAAAGUCAAGAGUGUGCAUAAACGGCUGGGAGGACAUAUUGUCACGCUGGAUAGCACUAGUAACCCGAAAGCGUUAGCGUCUACUCUAGAAGAGAUCCUGUCAGAUAUGCUGGAAACCCCCGCCAAAGAGGAGCGGGACGGGGAGGGCAGCCAAGGGCAACAGGAUAGCCAGGGGAAACAGGAAAGUCAUGGGAGACAGGAAAACCAAGGAAGACAGGAAGAGACCCGCGCUGAGGUCACGGCCAGUUAGGAUAUCGGGGUUGCGAUGUUUUUAAAAUAAUUUAUUGUACGAGUUUUUCA